UGUGCACUGUGGGAGGGAGCUGAGCCCCUCUUGGAGUGUGAAGAAUGAUCUGAGCCGGGAGCUGAGCAGCUGUGGGGAUUGGAGCAGUGGUGCAGGGCAGCAGCUGGGGUCUGACUGUGAUCCCUGCAGAGGUUUGGGAGGAGGGCUGGAGUGGGGACUGAGGGCUGUGGGAGGAAGACAGAGCGUGGGUAGGAGCAUGGAGGGGGGGAUGUGUCCCAGGGAGCUGUACCCACCAUCUCCUGCCCCAUUGGGGCUCCUGGCUCUGACAAGCCACACUGCAGCCUGGGUUUCCCAUCAGAGACCUCCUUGUGCAGGGGGCUCAGUCCCUGAUCCCCAGGCCAUACGUGUGUGCUCCCAGCCUCACCGGAUGACGCUCAGAGCUGGGGGAAGGAAACAUGCCCUGCGGGAGCCUCUGGCUGCCCCUGGCAACAGCAUUGUGUCCCUCUGCCGUCUGCAAUGGCCGCCCCACGUCCUGCUCCUCUGCUCCCUCCCCUUGCUGCACAGGAUCCGGACGCUGUCCCUAAGAUGUCCCUGGGUCUGGAGGAGCAUCUGAGCAGGGCGUUCCAGGACAAGCUGCGGUUCCAGAAAGUGCCAACAUGGGACUCAGCAUCUCUGCUGCCCUCCAGGCGCCUGCUGCUGAAAAGGAGGGAGGUGGUGGAGGUGGAGCAAGCCCUGCAGGCCCAGCGAGAGGACUUCCAGCACCAGAUGGAGCGCCUGGCACGGCGCUGGCAGCAGCUGGGCCAGAGGGAAGAGCAGCUCCGUGAUGACACCAUCAAAUUCAACGCCUUCCUUAAGGCCAUGUCAGCAAGGCGGCAGCGGGCGCAGCAGCGGGCAGGUGAGGAGAGGGCACGGGCAGCACAGCACAGAGCUGAGGCCUUGAGGCUGCAGCAGGAGCUGGAGAGGCUGCAGGGGCACAGGGAACAACUGGGACAGCGCCUGCGGAGCCUCCGUGUCUUCGGUGACUUCCUGCAGGAUGUGCGAGCAGCCACGGGGCGGGUGAGGGUUCCUGUCCCCAAGGAAGGGCCUGGAAGCAUCCUGUUCAUCCCCUCAAUGCUGUGCUCCAGUUUCAGGACGUGCCAUCCAUGCUGGCCCAUUUCGGGGCACUGAUGGAGGCACAGGCAGUGCUGCUGCGGCAGGUGGAGGCUGGGCAGGUAGCAUUGGCCCAGGGCAGGGCUCAGCUCCAGCAGUGCUGUGAGGAGGCUGAUGGCGAGCUCACCAGCAGCAAUGAAAAGGUGCUCCAGCUCCGUGCCCGUCUGGAAGCUGCCCGCCGUGAUGUGCUGAAGGGGGUAAAGGCUGCAGGACCCCCAGGGCGAGGGGCUGUGGGAUGGGACCACCUGCAGCCCUGAGCUCUUCCCUGCCCCCAGGAGUCCCGCUGGGCCCAGCUGGAAGGUGCUGCAGCCCAGAAGACGCUGCUGCUGGGGCAGAUCCGGAUGGCGGUGCUGAGCCUCUUCCAGCUCGCCACCACGAGGCUAGAGGUCC